AUGGCAACUAGCAAUGACACGGCCUCGUUUACAGUGGAGGCGGCCCCCGGCUCAGACAUCUGGCGAAAGCCUGGUCACAAUGCGUGGUCCAUCCCGAGCGUCUACACCAGCUCUGGCCCCCUUAAAUCCUUCCUCUCCGUCCGUGCCACCUUCUCAGCGAACUGGGAGAGCCUCUACGACCAGUCCGGCGUGCUACUCGUGCCGCGCCGGGCCUCGGACACCGCGGCGCCAAACAGCAAGUGGAUCAAGACGGGCAUCGAGCUCUACGACGGCAGGCCGCAUCUGAGCACCGUCACUUGCGACAGGUACGCUGAUUGGGGCCUCUAUCCACUGAAGAUGGCGGCGGAUACCUCGACGGAUAUCAAGAACGUGACGAUUGAGGUAUUCCGGGACGGCGGUGUGGGCGGCAAGAAUGCCUGGGUACACCGCCUCGUGCUGGACGAGGACGGGAAUGUCAAGGAAAGGGUGCCGCUGAGGAAGAUUUGCUGGAUUUUUGCAGACGAGGAUGAGGGCGAAUGGGUCUUGGAUGUUAGCCCCUUGGCGGCGAGGCCGGACAAAGCUGCAAAGGACGCGCUGAAGGUUGAGUUUAGCGAGUUCAAAAUACAGUGGAACCAGUGA